CAACUGGGGGAUUUCCUGAGCGGAAGCAGUGGAGGGGGUUUCCAGUGUGAUCAGCCCAGGCCUCCCUGCUGGCUCUCUGAGGUGGACCCGCUGAGUUUUCUCCCUGGAACUGACAGCAGAGAUCCGGAUCGAGGACGGCGCUGCCGAACUGGACCAUGAGGAGUCCGCCUGAAGCCUGGAGGCUCCACGGCAGCGUCAGCGGAACGACGACGGUUUGAAUCCGCAGUGAAUCCGCCGAGGAGGCUGAUCCUCCUCAGGUCAUGUCAUCAGGGAGAAGUGCUAAUGGGAGGGAAGUGCAGAUCCCCCUGCAGCAGGUGGCGCCUUCACUCGUCGCUCCGCUCUCCUCCAGCCUCGCCAUCACGCCACCGUCCCACCGCUCAGCCAAUCCCUGGAUUCCAUGCGAGCAAACUGCUCCUGCAGGCUUCCAGCCUCUCCAUGGGGGAUUCAGGGAUCACUUCGUGGAGAAGCCAGAGGCCAAAUACUGCUGCGAGGCGUGCAGGCGGGUCCUGUGUGAGCCCCGCCAGACUGAGUGUGGACACCGCUUCUGUCAGAGCUGCAUCAGCGACAUCCUCAGUCACCCGAACCCGGUGUGUCCCGCCGACAUGGAGCCUCUGUUCAAAGACAAGAUCUUUAGAGACGUAUGUUGUCAUCGAGAGAUUAUGGCGCUGAAAGUCUACUGUCGGAGUAAAGCUAAUGGCUGCCAGGAGCAAAUGAGUCUGCAGCAGAUUCCUGACCACCUGAAUGUGUGUCCGUUCUUCGAGGUCCCCUGUCCGCUGGGGAAAUGCAAGGAGAGGGUGAUGAGGAAGGAGAUACCUGAGCACCUGGCCUGGAAGUGUAAACACAGAGAGAGCACCUGUGAGUUCUGCGGGACCAAGAUGCCUCUGACGGACCUCCCGAAACACAAAGAGACGGUGUGUCCCUCGUUUCCUGUGUCUUGUCCCAACCACUGCUCCUUCUCUUCCCUGCCCCGAAGUGAGCUCACAAGCCACCAGCAUGACUGUCCCAAAGCCCAGGUCAGCUGCCUGUUCCACCGCUAUGGCUGCACAUUCAAGGGCCUAAAUCAAGACAUGAGGCAGCACGACUCCACCUUCGUAGCUGAGCACCUGAGAAUGAUGGUGAAAGGGAACUGCUUAUUAGAGAACAAGGUGGAGAACGUGAAGGAGGAGCUGAUGGAGCGCUGUAAGGUGCUUCCUGCGCUCAGCAGCCGACUGUCGGAGCUGGAGAACCAGAACGAAGAGCUACGGGAGAAGAACCGGCAGACGGAGCAGAAGCUGGCCAACAUGCAGAAACUGAUGAGCUCCCACUCAGAGAAGCUGCUGGAGUUGGAGCUGGAGCUGCGCUCACUUCGUGUGCUGAGAGAAGAGGUGGAGACCCUACGAGGAACGGUGGAGAACGUCCGGACCAGGCUCACCGCCUUGGAGCAGGGGGGGCGGAGCGGGUCGGGGUCAAGCCACACUCUGGCAUCUUUGGAAACUCAGCUCAGUCGCCAUGACGACAUGCUGAGCGUCCACGAAAUCCGCCUGGCCGACAUGGACUUGAGGUUCCAGGUACUGGAGACGGCCAGCUACAACGGAACCCUAAUAUGGAAGAUCCGGGACUACAAGAGGCGGAAACAGGAAGCGGUGGCGGGGAAGACGCUGUCUCUUUACUCGCAGCCAUUUUAUACCGGAUACUUUGGAUACAAGAUGUGCGCUCGGGUUUACCUGAACGGAGACGGCAUGGGCAAGGGGACGCACCUGUCGCUGUUCUUUGUGGUGAUGAAGGGCGAGUACGACGCCCUGCUGCCCUGGCCCUUCAAACAGAAGGUCACUCUGAUGCUGAUGGACCAGGGUCCUUCCAGGAAACAUCUGGGUGAUGCCUUCAAGCCUGAUCCUCAUAGCAGCAGCUUCAGGCGUCCCACAGCGGAGAUGAACAUCGCCUCAGGCUGCCCUCUGUUUGUGGCUCAGAGCGUCCUGGAGACGGGCAGCUACAUCAAAGACGACACCAUCUUCAUCAAGGUUACCGUGGAUACCUCUGACCUUCCUGACCCCUGAGGUUUGGAGCAUAUCAGGCUGAUAUCACCUCACUGUUGCAGGAGCUGCACAGCCAAGACUGAUGGAAGGAUCGGCGCUGCUGGAGGAGGGAAGCAGCCGAUCAGAGCGCCGCCGCCGUCUGACUGCUAUACGGACUGCAGAGCUGUGUGUGUCUGGUUGUUUGUGAAUUGUUCUGUUAUGACGUCACCAUGGUGACUUUACCCAGAGCCAACAUGGCCGUCACAGAGAAGGCAUUGCUCGUUCCUGACCUGCAGCAAGCCUUGCUUUCAAUUUAACACCAGCUUACUGGGUUAUACUGGGAGAAGGACGACAGUCACAGAACCAGUAGAGACCAGCUGGAUGGGAGGGAGGUCAGAACAUCGCCAUGGACUGAGUGAUGAUGCUGCAGGAGCUGUCCAGCCAGUCUGAGCUCCUCCAGCUAAUUUCACACUAGUUUUAAUAAACUUAUAGCCUAAAAAGUUUUUUCCACUAACCGUUU